AUGGCAGAUGAUGAAAAUAGGUAUCUUAAACUUGAGCCAAAUUAUGGUGGGUAUUUUAUUCGAUGUCCAUUCCAGUAUGCUGAAGGUAAGAAAUUCUUAUUUACAGACCACGAAUUUCUUGGUAUGAAUUUUAGUGACUGUGUUACAUUUCUUGAACGUUUCUUGGGUGACCGUUAUGCAAAAAUGUACUUUUUAUACCCAAACAAACCCUUGCAUAAUGGUAUUAGAAAAAUAGAUUGUGAUACAAAGUAUGCCGAGUUCAUACAUGUUUCAUACGCUAUAAGAGGAGGUAACGCUUCAUUAUUCAUUGACCUAUUUGAUGAUGAAUUAGAGGGUUGGUUUGUGUCAAGUGAAAACGAAGUAAUUAGUGGUGAUGAGAUGGAAUCAGGUAUUCAAGGUCAAAGAGAAGAGGAGGUGGACAUAAAAAAUUUCUCAAUGGAUUUAGAUGAACUGGGUGAGAAUAACCCUGAAUGUGAGGAACAUUGUAUCUUUAGUAAGGAAAGCCCAUGGAAACAACAGAAACCAAUAUUAGGAAUGAGAUCUGAGAAUCCAAAAUAG